UUUGCAUAUUUUUUACUCUUUCACGCACUUCGUAGUUUAGUUUAUAAGCCUUUUCAGCUUUUUAGUGUUGCCUCCUGCAAAAUUCUCCAAAAGCCCAACUCAACGCUAACUUGUUCCCUUCUUUAUUAUUCUUCCUCUUCUAUGCUUCUCUCUGGCAAUGCUUAACUAUUAGGACACUACCUGCAAGAAACAUCGCCAAGAGCUGAUAAGAAAAUGCAGUUAUAUCAUCAUCCGUUGGAUUUGGACAGCCAGAGGGUGAGAUUUGCAUUGGAGGAGGAGGGUGUAGAUUAUACAUCCCACCAUGUCAAUCCGAUAACUGGCAAGAACUUGGAUUCCUCUUUCUUCAAGAUGAAUCGCCAUGGAAGGGUUCCGGUUUUCCAAAAUGGCUCUCACAUCAUUUACAAUACUAUUGAUAUAAUCCAGUACAUAGAAAGAAUUGCUGUGGUUUCCUCAGGGGUUGAGAGUAUCAGUGCCAGUAGCAGGGAAGUGGUUGAAUGGAUGCAGAAGAUACAUGACUGGGACCCCAAGUUUUUCACACUUUCACACAUACCUGAGAAAUACCGCCUUUAUGUUUCCAAGUUCAUAAGGCAAGUGGCGAUUGCUCGCAUGUCAGAGUCGCCCGAAUUAGCAAGUGAUUACCAUAGGAAGUUGAAAGAAGCCUAUGAGACUGAAGAGAAAUUGAAAGAAGCAGAUGUUUUGAGAAGGAGCAAGGAGCAUUUGGUUAUACUGCUUGAUGAGGUGGAGAGGCAGCUGAGUGAAACACCUUAUUUGGCAGGUCAAGAGUUUACCAUGGCAGAUGUGAUGCUCAUUCCAGUAUUAGUUCGUUUGAAACUCUUGGAUUUAGAGAAUGAGUACAUAACUGGAAGGCCAAACAUUGCUGAGUACUGGAUUUUGGUUCAGCAAAGGCCUAGUUACAAAAAGGUGAUUGGUAAGUACUUCAAUGGUUGGAGAAAGCACAAAACACUUCUAAAAACAUGGUUCUUAGUUCGUAUUAGAAGUUUUCUGAAAAGGUACUAGAGCAGUACUUGUAUAUUUCCAAAAGGAGGUUGGAUAAUUGAAUAUAGGAAACUAAACAACCAUUCUGUGUAUGGUUAAUUAGGAGAACUUAUAUUAGACAUUGUUCUUUGUUUUUGUUGGGAGGAAUGGUGAUGCUAGGUGCUGGUAAAAGAAGGGAUGCUUGUCAAAAUGGCCAGUCUGCAAAAGAUCUUUUGGCUUAGUAUUGAAACAAUUCAUGCUUUGCAAUCUUCAUGCAUCAAAAGAACUAAGGAAAGGCAAAUUUGUUGGUACUGACAUUGGAAAUACAGGGUUACUGCUGCUUAUAUGUACAUUAUUUCUGAUACUUGUAAAUGCAAUCAAAGAAACAGUCAAAUGAUAUACAUUUUCAUGCUUUGUUCUACGAACAGCUUGAUGAAUUACAAGUUUCAGUUUGAACAAUGACUAGAGACCAUAGAUCAUCUACUUUCACAUACUGAUUUGUCUCUAUGUAACAUCAAAUUGUAAAAUGUAAAGAGAUGUUAUUAUAGUCAUUGACCCAGUAAAAAAUUAUCGAGUGUUUGAUUUA